AUGGCUUCCUUACUCACCCUGCCCCGAGAGCUUCGCGAUGAGAUCGUCGAUCUCCUGCUACUUACGCACAACCCGCAGCCGGCGGAUGUAUCCGAAUCCGACGUUUACGAUAUAUAUCAUCGAUCUUCGCCCACCGUCUUUCCUCGCCCCGUAAAGCACCACGCUGCUGGCCUCUGUCAGGCCUCACGUCAACUUCGUACCGAGGUCCUUCAGCGCUCAUCUUCGCUUCAACUGGGGUUACGAUAUGCCCUCCGGAUAAUUAUUCAUAGACCUGAAACUCGUGAACGUGGUUUAUUUCUGGAGCCUCGCCUGCGAUGGAUUGACACACCCGUUGCCGAUACCAAUAACCUCGACAAGUUCGAUAUCUCAUUUGAGUUGAACGACUUGUUGGCCUGGGGAUGGGUCCAGACUUCCAGGGAGUUUGGGACAGUUGGUCGCCUAUUGAAUGAUGCUCUUUGCGCAGUCAUGUACAGGUAUGGACGCGCCGGCCGCGAGGCAACGAUCAACAAAGUCAAUAUCGAAGUCACCGUUAAAGAAAGUCAAGCCUUUGUGUCCCGUGGUGGAGGACUCAAAGGCGACAACGCUUUGGAGAAGUUGGAACGAAUUCUUUCUGAUGGCGGACAACAAUUCGCGAACUUCUGCAUAGCAAUGGCUAUCAAGUACAGCUGUCUCGGAGUCAUAGAUCUGGUGAGGAAUACGGACACGGAACCCGUGACACUUCUUCCAAGUAGCAGGAACAAGUUCUGGCAACGAAUUGGUAGCAUUUCAUUGCAGGCUGGCACUGCAGUUCGCAAGAAGACCUGGUACAUCGACCGUAAACUCAUAGAUCGCAUGGUAGAUGUCGAAGACCCCAAGUACCACAAGUUCAUUGCAGAGAUACUGCUGCAGAGAGGUCGUAAUGGCUUGGAUCAAGAUUCGAUGCUCGCGAAUGAUCACUACGAGGAUCCUGAAACGGUCGUCCUAUCGGGGAGUCGUGAUCGGAAUAAUCAUCGACACGCUAUUGGUGUUCGCAUCCACAAGACUAAGCAAGGCUGGAGCGAUGCGAAACCGUUGUCUAUCGAGGCUUGGAAAGAAGCGGUGAGAGGAGAAUGUUUUCGAGAGGAGUGGAAAGCUUGA